CUUGCCGCCCAAUAUCUCUUCUCAACGCCGUGCAAUUUCGACUGCGGAAUCAUGGGAAAAUUCAGUCUCCUCUGCAUUGCCUUGUGCGCUGUGUCCGUGCAGAGCCAGAUCACGGUGCCGCCGGGUCCGGCCGGCGGCCUGAUCGCCGCCAAGGCCAUCGAGAACGCGGCGACGCAGCUGCAGUCGCAGGCCGGUGACCUGAACGCGGUGCACGCGCGCGUGGCCGACAUCAUGGACAACAUCCAGGCCGUCAUCCUCGUCAACUCGCCCUCGGCCACCUCCGGCCCCUACGGCGCCCCCGGCCCCGUCAACCUGCACAGCGACGAGGACCUGGGCGCCGCCAUGUUCCAGGGUCUCGGCAAGGGCUUCAAGAGCGCCGGCACCGGCACCAGCCGCUGAGCGGAUGCACGGACCAACUGCCACUCAACGACGCUAAUGUGUUUGUCAUUUCCGGCGCUAACACGCUGCCUGUAAAGUGUAAGGAAAAUCUAUACGCACUAUCCAGUGAACAUCAGCUGGAAAUGGGUUGUGCUGUUCAGCCAGUCUCGAUUUCUGUUGUAAAAAAAACCUGUUUUUGAAUUUUUUAAAUGCCAGUCGAUCUGAAAAUGGCGUUUUAUGUUGGAUGAUCAAGCCUGUUGAAUAAGAAAAUCUGCGGUAA